AUGGAGUGUUUGAUUGGUAUUCAAGGUCCUGAUUUUGUCCUAGUGGCUAGUGAUUCUGCGAGUGGGAGAAGUAUUAUACGCAUGAAAGAUGGUAAGACAUAAUAUUUUCUAUCUUUUCUUAGAUAUUAAUGACCAGAGUUGCAUUGAUUAUAACGAAAAAUUAGGUGACAGAGUCCUGUACCGCCAUGAGGCGCGCUAGUGUCAUGACUCAGUAGUUUUGUGUUGAGUUUGUUUCGCAUAACUGUUUGACGAAAAUUUCCUGUCAAUAGUUAAAAAACUACUGUGCUGUAUUUUGCCUUGUUGUUGCCUUUCUAUAUCUUUAAACUAAGCAGUUCCUUUCAAUAUGCAACCAGAAUUAAUGAAUUUCUGGUGCAACAUGUACUGUCACUUUCCUGUUUUAUUCUGCUGCUGUUAAGCAUAAUUGUACUGUACAAAUUAAUCAUGAAAAUUUUGGAAUCAGUGUAAAAUCCCAUGUGUGAUUUAUUAAUAUUCAAAUGCGCUUUUCAUCAGCUUUGUAAAAUGAGUGGAGAAAAUUUGAGAAUUUGCCUUAGGGGAUGAGGAAUGUCCCCAGGGUUAAGUGCUUCUCAAUGAAAAAUCCCCCUGAUAUCCAUACAUCUACCUCAUACAGGAUUCUUUUGACUGACGAGAAUUUUUACAAUAGCUGGGGAUCAAACUUUACUAAUUCAUUUUAGGCUUGGCAGGGCUCUAAAUAAUUUCCGGAGAGUCUCAGGACUCGAUGACCGGGCCAAAUUCCUUUUUGCUUGGUCACGCAUCAUUUCUGGCCAGUCAAAUUUAUAAGAUAAAUAACUCUUAAAGCAGGGGCCCAUGAACCAAAACUGGCGUUACAUAUUUCCGAAAGUCAUUUUUUAGAGCUUAAAGCAGUUUAAAGUACUCAUUGUCAACAAUGAAAAACAAUACACAAUAAAUUACAGCAGAGAAAUGAAAAUAAGCUUAUGUUUCAAUGCGCAAAUUGUAAUCAACGGUUCUAGUUGCACGUUGCCCAGGAUUUCAGAUCAAAGUUCUGCAAUACACAGUGUCUGACUCGCUACAUGCUGACUACAACUGAACAGCAUGGAAAUUUUAAUUUGUUUCAUCCAUACAUCUACCUCAUACAGGAUUCUUUUGACUGAGGGGAAUCUUUACAAUAGCUGGGGAUCAAAUUUAACUAAUUCAUUUCUGGAGAGCCUCCGGCCACAAUGACUGGGCUAAAUAUAUUGCUUGUCGCCCAGGAUUUCAGAUCACAAUAAUUCUGUAAUACUCACUACAUACUGAUAGACAACUGAACAGCAUGGAAAUUUUAAUUUAUUUCAUUUUCAAUACGAUUGAAUUUGAACAGUCAACAUGACUGGUCAACUUCCCAAUCAGUCCGGACAUUGUUCAUUGACCGGCCGUUCUUUCGAGCCCUGCUUGGAGAAGUAAUAUAACACCUUUGUACUAAAAAGUCAGUACUAUAUUAGAACCUCUGUACUAUUCACCAACCCAAGAAAAACUCCCCUACACUUAACUUCUACAGAUCAGGACAAAAUGUUCAAGUUAAGCAGUAAAUUGCUGAUGCUGGUUACUGGUGAAGCGGGGGACACAGUUCAGUUUGCAGAGUACAUGGAAAAAAAUAUACAGCUUUAUAAAAUGAAAAAUGGUAAGCCUUGUAUAAAGAGGGAUGAACACUCUGUCUUUUAGUUAUUGCUCUAUCAUAUAAAAAUUUGGUUUAGUUAUAACUGAGUUGAUAAGAUGGUUAGCCUCCAAAGCCUAAAAUGUAUAAGUAUCCUUACUUAUUAAGUGUCUUAACCCAUUUGCCCCCAAACGAUCUGUAACUGUCCAUGCAAUAACGUGUGCAGAGGGAAGAGAUCUUUCAAACCAUACAAGCAUGGGCAUGAUUCAGUCAAGGAGACCAGAGAAAAAACACAAAAAAACCAUGAAAGGUUGAUGAUCUUGAUGAUCUUGAUGAUCUUGUACCACUACUCUGACAUCUGCACUUCCUGAAGCUUUCCCUGAAAGAAAAUCCAUGAAAGGUUAAAGUUAAGUUUGCUGUGUCACUGUUAACCCCAAAAACCUUUAGAAAUUUUGCUUUCUGCACAUGCCUUAACUUCAAAAGCUGAUAUUUUGCAUCCAGAAAUGGAGGCAGCAAAGUACUUGACCAGUAAGUGUGUUUUUGUGCAGACAUUGACCACAGAAUGGCUCGACUAACUUCUGAAGGUUUUUUUUGGCAAACUCUCCGGGUAAAUGGGUUAAUACCAUCGUUUUUUCCAACCAAUUAAAACUAACCUCUUAAAUGAAAAUGUUUUUAGGAUAUGAGCUCACCCCCCAUGCAGCAGCCAACUUCACAAGACGUAACUUGGCAGAUGCACUACGAAGUUCUGUGAGUAGUAAAACAUACAAAUUAAGUUCACAAGUGUAAGAAAUUUGUUAGCUAUAUCAUAUAUCUACUCAUUCAAGACACUUCCUGGCUUUUUUCAUUGAUUUUGUUUCAUACAGUGGGACAUACUUUAGUCUGUAGUUUACAAGACUAUGGUCAGAGUUCUCAUAAUAGAUAUUCAUCUAAGAGAACAUCUCUGCUUUUGACUGCCAUGGCAAAACCCCAUUUGAAGGGGUGAAUAGAAAACAUCCCCAAAUAACUCCUGAUCAAAAUGUCAAAUUCUUUUAUUCAAUUUCAAAGGGAAUAUAGCAGAUCUACCUUGAGGUUUCAUUUCUGGAACCCCUUGAAGAUUAUUUGGGGUUAAAAUUAGCCACAAGCAAGGAUGGCACAGUUAAUCUGAGGCCUUUGGUGCAAGAAGUCCCAAGUUUGAUCCCUGGUGACAUUACAUCCUUGUUUCAACAUCUCUCCUUUCUGUUUAGCUUUAAAUUCUGGAUUCCAAAAGCACGAAUUUUCAAGAUUACCAAAUCCAGAUUUCUAUACAUGGGGCAAUUUGGAGUAUUCCGCAUGAGGGUGCUGUUCCAACCCACACUGCUUUUGUACAGGUUUCACUGGAUUUUGUUUUGGUUUACACUGCAGUAUUCUACCCCAAAAAGAACACUGUGCUUCAUAAACAGUAGCCUAUGUAGCAGGCACUUGAAAGUAAUGGGUGCAAGAAAGAAUGGGGUGGGCCCGGUUCUUUCUUGUUAUUUCUUCCUUAUUAUUUCCAAGCACUUGCUAUGCAGGCUAUAUAAACAGGAAAUAUGUGAAAAGAAGGCACCUGAUUUUGAUAAAAGCAAAAAUAAAAUAUUAUUAUUGUGAGUGUGCAGACCAUCAAUUAUUGUUGAUGGUCUGCACACUCACUCCACUUGUGUGUAACAAGUGGAUUAUUUGUCUAAAUGUUCCCUUUUCAUUAACUUGAACUCUAGUCUGCGUACAUGGUCAAUAUGUUGAUAGCUGGGUAUGAUGAAGCAAAUGGCCCAGAACUCUACUUCAUGGAUUGGCUAGCUUCUCUUCAAAAAGUAAGUAUUUUAUAUUUCAUUGGUGAGAUCCUAGUGCCUUUGUUAUACUUUUACUUUCUGUCACACUGCUAGCAGAGUCCUUCUAAGUUCGACAGUUCACUUGCUUGAUUUUGGCAUACUCCAAAAAAGGACUCUGCAUGAAUUGAGUAAGCUCUUUGUUAUGCAUGUGCUGCUUGAUGCUAGAGCAGUGUUCUUGGGACAGGGGGCUCAGUUAUAACCAUCGAUUUAUCAAUAAAUGGAUGCUGGCACGCGGAAAACCGGUUUGGUAUGAGAAAACAAGAUUGGUUAGUCCAGAUGUUCAGGCUGCAGUGACUUACAGGCUUAAUGUGAUUCAGGCAGAACCUCCUGUUCUCCUCCUCGAUCAAGAAGACAAGAGGAGACUUGCUCACGGGUUGAGUUUCUAUGUUCCCAUGUGUUUUAAAUCCAUCCUGGUGCACAAGGUAUCCUUCUGUGUUCCUUAAACUUUUCUGACCUUGUUUUCCUUAUAACAGGUACCAUUUGCUGCCCAUGGCUAUGGAUCAUUUUUUUCCUUGAGUAUUAUGGAUCGUUAUUAUAGACCAGGUUUGCUUUGAACAAAGUUUUUUCAUAACUCUAUUAGCUAAGCAUAGUGCAGCAUAGAACACGAAACUUAUUCCCAGCUGAAGAAAGAAUGUUGAAAAGUAAUUUUCCAUAACUUGGUGGAGAGAAACUGAGGUACUGAUUGGACAAUCGAACAAUACCUUUUUUCUAUCUUAGGGUUUACUUGGGCAGGAAAAUGAUCUGAUUUGAUCUUCUCAUCUAUUGGCUGCUGAAACAAAUAACAAACACUUUUUAAUAAGUUUUACAAACCGUUUCGCAAGGUCAGAAGAAAAUCGCACCAUGAAAGACUUGCUUUGUGAAGGAUCAUUUAGCAAAAUCACUCAACACUGCUAGAAAGAACGCCUUACAAUUAGUAAACUUACCAAGUUUGAAAGUGUUGCAUGCGUCUUAAGCGAGCAAAGUUAUAGCCCCACAAAACUGGAAAAUUAGCUUACCGUAAAUCCUCUAUUAAGCGCCCCCUCUCAAAUAAGCCCCCUUCCCUCUAAUAAGCCCCACUUUUCAUGGGAAGAAAGUUAAUUUGAUUCUCAUCCUCGGCUGCGGGACCUAAAACUUCUAUCUUGUACUUGAGCUUUUCCACUUGUAUUCUAGUUCUUUAUGGAGAACUGAUUCCAUCAUCGUUUCUAGAUUAAAUAAGCCCCCCCCUCUCAAAUAAGCCCCCCUUAAAUGGGCUUGAAAUAAAUAAGCGCUCCUGGGGGGGCUUAAUACAGGAUUUACGGUAUGUAUGUUUGUAUGGUGGGGGGGGGGGGGAGAGUUGAGCACCCAAACUUGCCUUGAUGAGCUAUAUCUUUGUACGUUUUCAACAAAUCACUUUCAAACUUAGCAGUUUUACUGAUUUAGAGGCGCUCUUUCCAGCGGUGUCGACAGAUUUUCCAUAACUGAUCCAUGUCAAAAGUUCGGAAAAAAUAUCAUGGAAAGGUCUCAGACCUUCCAACCCCCAUGGUUUGACCGUGAGACUCACGGUUUGGGCAAUCAACUCACGGUGUCACGAUUUACAGCCCCCAAAUCUGAUAGUGAAACAGAAAAUCUUAAAAUUGCCGGACAAGUAAGUUCUCUUACAAUGAAAUGACGACCUCUGACUUUUAUUGAUCACUAAAUUUGUUGGUGAAUUCUUUUUUCUUCUGUUAAUUAUAGUAAAUUAAAAAGUGAGCGAUCGAGACAAUCAGACUGAACAAAGUUUUUAUUCAGUGAUUUUUCUUCAUCUUUUUAAAAACAGGUUUAACUCGUGAGGAGGCAAGAGAGCUUCUUCAGAAAUGCAUUGAAGAGGUAAAUUAACAGGUCCUCUCUCAUGUUCAAUUUCCCAAUAGAAAGCAAGCAAGCUCUCCAAUCCCCUCUCACUGGUAUCUCCUUUCGCGUGCGGCUCUCGCGUGACUUCUCGCGACUCUACCAAAUGGAGAGCUUCCUUGGCUAUUUUUUCUACUUGAGAGAGCAACAAGUCAUUUUUCUUUAUUGCAUCAAGAGAUUAAAACAAAGCUCUCGUCUUGAGCAACUAUUUCAGAACAUAUAUUUACAACCUCAAGUAACAAUUUGAUCUCUUGUCCUAUUUUGGGGGUCAAAUAAGCUGUGAUCACAAAAGGCACAAGCCUCACCGGUCGCUUUGUUUCCAUAGACAUAGACAAAUGGGUACCGACGACAUACUGCUGUGGGGUAACCCUGCGAUGGACUAGCAUCCCGUCCAGGGGGGAGUGGCAAUACUCCUAGGCAUGCUCCAUGCUAAGGAAACCGGGAUAAGCUUCCGUCGUUUUAAUGGCAUAAUGAACAGCUCUACUGGUUAAACGAUCGCAGUUUUGUCACUCAGAGUUCUUCGACGAGAACUUAUAACUUUUGAAGACCAAUUUUCAAGAACCACUAGACAUACGUUUUUUGAGUUGAUGGUUUCCUUUCUUCUCCUGUUUUAGGUCCAGAGGAGAUUUCUUGUCCGUCUUCCCGAUUUCUUCAUAAGAAUAGUCGAUAAAGAUGGCGUCCAUGAUGUUUCUAUCCCCUCCCAAAACUGAGAAAGAAAAUCAAACAAUAGCAAAAAAAGUUACCAGUCGCUAUAACUUUUAGCCCGCGUGGCACGCGCGUGAAAGAUGAAGGAAACAUAGAACGCGCGACAACGCAAGGGACGUGCGAGGGAGUGACUGAAAAAAGCUCUACUUCUCUCCACUGCCCUUCGCGCUUCACGCGAAUGCAACCCACUUACCCUUCUCUUUCUUGCGCCUGCAACACGUUCUACAACAUGGUGUGUGAAAUAAUGUGGACAUCCUCGCUUAACUUAUCGUGAAAUGUUCACUUUAGAAACACUGUGGCUAUCUUGUUUUUGUACUUUUCUUGUGCACAUUGUAAGAAUAAAUUCGAAGAAACCAAUAAGUUCCUGCCAGCUGUUUUAUUUGAAGGUUUUUUUUAUGAGGCGGUGGUUACUUUUGAUGUAAAGACGAAGCCUGAAAGUUAACGUCUUUGCAAUUUUAAUCCUCACAUUUAAAACUUAAUUUAAAGAUACAUUUCACGCUUCCGGCUUUCUUCAGUGUUAACCACAGUUAGGAAAAAGGUUUAAAUGCCCGCAUGAAAUGCAUGUGAUAUGAUACCUGUUUAUUGGUCAA